AUGUCUCGCGAAGCCUACCAAGUCCCUACGGGCCAGACUGGUUACACUGGCGCAGGGGGCGUCGUGGAAGGAACCACUAGCGACGCCAUAUCGGUCACCUACGUUUGCGGUGAUUGCAACUCGCGCGUUUCUAUGAAGCGUGGAGAUCAGAUCCGCUGCAAGGAAUGCGGGCAUCGUGUGCUGUAUAAGGAAAGGACGAAGAGAAUGGUGCAGUUUCAGGCUCGAUGA